AUGUCAAUAGUGUAUGCAGAAGAACAGGUGCAGGAGGGUAUCGGUUUACCCUUUACGACUACAAUCAAAGUGUACGCGCGCUGUCUUCGACCAGACAUCGAAUACAAGACGCUGUCAGUGACUUGGGGAACGCGGGCUAGCGAGGUGGUCGCUACGUUGCUGGGCAAGUUCCGAAUGAGGCACCGGGACCCGCGUCUCUUCUAUCUCAGCAUGGAGGUGCGGGUCCGUGCUGCGGGGCUUCGCACCACGCUCGUCCUGGACGACGACGCAAGGCCCGCGGCGCUCCAGGCUUGCCAUCCCAAAGGAUACUCCAAAUUCUCUCUCCAGAUGCGACCGGGCGGCUUGGUGAAGAUCUACGAUUCAGCGCUAAUGUCCUCAUCCCAGUACAAGUGUCUCUUGACCAGUGAGCGCACGACCGCCGACGAGCUGUUAGCCAUCCUGCUGCACUGCUAUGACUCCACCGAGGGUGUCGAGAGGUUCUCGCUUUAUGAGGUGUGCCCCUCUCAAGAGUACGAGCGGAAGCUGCACCCGGAUGACUUGCCCCUCCUCGUGCAGCGCUCGUGGCCGGUGGACAGCGACUGUCACUUCCGUGUUCGGAGGAACCCCCGGGCUCCCCCGCUCCCACCGCGGACCAUUCCCGCACCCGUUGAAGUUCCAAAAGAGGAAGACGAACCCUCUAGAGCCCUAUCAGCUCUAUCUCUCGAAUCUGAUGAUGACAACAAAAGAUACAGCCCAGUAUACAAGUUCCCUAGCAUAAGCUACUGUAGAGAGACGAAAAACGAUUACCUUUACAUAUGA